UCGGAUUAAAUACUUUUUCAUCACAGCGGCACGAUCAAAGAAUCCGACGGCCGAGAGUGUCGCGUUCAAAUGAAGCCGAAUGGGGUGGGAAACGGAAAUCUGUGAACCGUUUAGGGUUUGACCUCGCUUUUGAAAUCUACAGGGGCCAGUUCUCCACAUUUCGCUUUCGUGCUCGUCCUUCCGCUUUUAGAAGUGAUCUUAUGGCAUUGUCUAACCAGCAAACUGUCGAUUUCCCGAGCUUUAAACUCGUUCUCGUUGGUGAUGGAGGAACUGGGAAAACUACUUUUGUGAAGAGGCAUCUUACUGGUGAAUUUGAGAAGAAGUAUGAGCCUACCAUUGGUGUUGAGGUCCAUCCGUUGGAUUUCUUUACAAACUGUGGGAAGAUCAGAUUCAAUUGCUGGGACACAGCUGGCCAAGAGAAAUUUGGUGGUCUCAGGGAUGGAUACUACAUUAAUGGUCAAUGUGCUAUUAUCAUGUUUGAUGUCACCGCCAGGUUAACAUACAAAAAUGUUCCGACAUGGCAUCGGGAUCUAUGCAGGGUCUGUGAGAAUGUUCCUAUUGUUCUCUGUGGAAACAAGGUUGAUGUGAAGAACAGGCAGGUCAAAGCAAAGCAAGUUACAUUCCACAGGAAGAAGAACCUUCAAUACUAUGAGAUUUCAGCAAAGAGCAAUUAUAACUUUGAGAAGCCCUUCCUUUAUCUUGCUAGAAAACUUGCUGGGGACCAAAACCUUCACUUUGUUGAAUCACCUGCUCUUGCGCCUCCGGAAGUCCAGAUUGACCUUGCCGCCCAGCAACAGCACGAAGUAGAGCUGGCUGCAGCUGCUGCCCAACCUCUUCCUGAUGACGAUGAUGAUUUAUUUGAAUAGAAGAUCCUACUGAAAACCUUUAUGCUGUGAGCAGUCCUUGUCUUGAACCAUUAGAGUUAUUUUAACCGUGGAGUAGAUGAACUUUUGAUUGAUGAAUCCAACAAAUCUUACAUUUGAUGUGGAGGGUGACAUAUACGCCAAUAAAUUGGUGGCAGAGUUAUGAUUCCUUGAUGUUAAAAACACGUCUAGACAUUCUCAACCCAAAGAUAUCAAUACUAGUAGAAUUUGAAUGGGUAUGCAGAACUCAGAGGUAAACCUAUUUUGAAGGUACACAAAUGAUCAGCAGAAGGUGAGUGCCUGCUAAAUGAACAGGGCUUGCCUGAACAAAAUAUGCAAGGAGCUCAACAGUAGCAACUGGCUCUGGUAUGGCUCUGCUAUCUAAUCUCUCAUCAUUAAGCAUGUCUAAGCUUGAAUGCUUUUCCUCCAUAGUAGGUUCGUCCAUGUUAAAGUCUCUAUCUGAUUUAUUGUUCCUAAUAAAAUAGCUCACAGAAACAUACAAGUCCAAUAAAUUUGGGUUCAAGAAUGUAGGUUUGAGAGAAAAUAGAAUAUUAAAAACUCAAUUGUCACACUUGACAUUGACAAAUCUAUCAUCUCCAAUAAAAAAAAAAAAAGAGAGAGAAGCCCUUAGACAGUUCAUAGCAUUUAGAUCGAAAUUAGAUACUCAUACGGAAGAACAGAACUAUAUUUAACAUGAACUAUAUUGAGAUAAGUGCCAAUAUGUUCUAUCCAGAGGGUUAGAUUAUGCAAAAAGAUAUCAUGAAUAUCGAGCCCCUAGUAAAUUGAGGAGAUAAUUAUUUCUUAAUUAAUCAGUUGUAAGCUACAUUGUGAGUAACCUUUUUAUCGAUGAAAAGUCCUAAAAAUACACAGUGUGUAUAUGAAAAACUAGGAAAACAAAAUUAAUAAUGUGAUAGAGAAAAAAAAAUAGGUUUCAGACAAUUAAUCCUUUCGUUAGUUAGGUUUAUUAAUUAAAAAAUAGAAAUAAAAUAUCAUCAAUAUACAUCAAAUGAGAGAUUCUAAAUCUAGGUUUAAAAUAGAAAUGAACAGCUAAGAAAUCACAAUAUACACACAUGAGAUAAAGAUCAAGCCUGAUUCUUUGAUCUUUCUUUAAAGAUCAAGAAAGAUUCUUUGUUAAUAAUAAAAUAAAAAAUUAGAGAGGAAAUAAAAUAAAAACUUAGGUGUAGUUUGACAUUUGGUGUGUUGAGAUAUAUAGUUUUAUGAACAUUAUUUUAGAUGGAGAUUUGAUCCCACAGUAAAUCGGUUUAAUUGAAUUUAAGGCGUGCAGUCAAAGUAUUCAACCGUAGUUCUCAUGCAUACUGACUCAUCGAUGUGAAGAUCUGCUGUACCGUUGCGAGCGGGAUUCAGCCUUUUCGGUGACAACUGAACCACCAACUGGCCAAAGAAUGACAAAUUAUGCGGGCCCAUUCUGUGUUGGUCGAUCGAAACCUUAACCCUGUCUGACCGCC